UGUGUGUGUGUUUGUGUGGACAGUGUGAGCGCUGUCUCGAAUACAAAAGGACAUCUUCACAGGCAACUACUGGUGUUUGUGCAGGAUUCUCAUUUCUCUUGCAACCGCCAGCCUCAGGUAUGAGGGCCUGCUUAGUAUUCCUGUGCUUACUGUCAGCAACAUUCGCCCUGUCUGUAAAAAGUAAACCUCAUGGAAAACAUCAUGGAUUGCAUAAGACUUCACAUACGGCCAAAGAAAAGGACAUUAUCACAGAGGAGGCCAACAAGCCACAGAUCUUACCCACUUUAGUCCCGUUUGAGGCCAGCAGCCAGGAGCAGGAAGAUGAGGAAUUGAGCUCCGAAGACAAUGCUAAUGCUAACAAGGAAGAGGGAGAGGUUGAGGUGACUGAAAGGAGUGACAAAACCACUGCAUUCCUGUUGGGUGAGGACGAAUUGGUAAUCAUCUUGAAGAAAGAAGCAGAAAAAGAGCAGGAAGCAGAAGAAAGAGCGCUGGAGGAAGAAGAAGCGAAGACGGACAAAGGCAAGGUGGAGUCUGGCGAGAUCAUUGAGGAUGAGGAAGCUGAGGUGGAGGAGAAGUCGUUGGAUGACAAAUCAGAAAUGGAGGAAGAGGUGACAGAAGAAGAAGUGAAGGAAGAGAGUGAGGAAGAUGAAGAAAUGCUGGAAAAAGAAGAAGUGAGGGUGGAAAUGAUGGCACCAGAGAAAAAGGAGGAAAAGUCUGUUGAAAAAAUAGCAGACAGAGAGGAGGAAACAGAUGGUAGCACAGAAUCAGAGGUCCCAGUUGAUCUCGACUAUGCUGCUGAUAGUAGCGUCGUACAACCUCUACACAUUCUAUCUGCUAAAAUAAAACCUCACGCUGAUGACAUGGAGCCUCUUUCAAAAACAGAUUUUAAAGACAAGGAAACCAGUGAGAAAGGACUGACAACCAUCGUAGACGACUAUGAACAAGACGUACAAAACACUGAGGCAGUGGACAGUGAUGAAGUGUCUGAUCAGGACCAGGACGAGGACUCAGAGGCCAAAUCUAAAGAAAAAAGUUCAGCUAAGAAAGAACCCGAAGCAAAUGUGGAUCCUCAAGAACCAAGCAGCAAUACAGAAUUUGAAUCAGGGUCCCGAGGGACUGGAAGGGAGGAAGAGAAAAGUAAGAAUGACAGUGGAAGUCACACCAAAGGAAAGACAAGGAAGCAAAAGAAGAACCAGAGGGCAAGGAAGCACUCUCCACAGCGUGAUGAGACACAGUCAGGACAGGAACAGGGCCAACAGGAUCCUCAGGAGUCUGAGGGCAGCAGCACUGACAAUACAGUCCACAAGGCCAAGAGGAGAAGGGCAGGAAAAUGGGGUCCUUUAGUAGGAAUGAAUCCAGUGCAGAUAAGAGCCACAGCGGAUCUCUACCCCAGUUCCAGAUCCUCUCUUGGUGGAGGCGUACAUCACCCAGAAGCCCCUACCGAUCCAUGUGACAACUUUCCCUGCAAGCGUGGAAAGACGUGUAAACUUGAUGCAGACAACAACCCAGGCUGUGUGUGUCAAGCACCGUCAGAAUGUCCUCGCAGUGUGAAUGAGUUCGAUCAUGUUUGUGGGACAGACAAUAAAACAUAUGAGACAUCAUGUGAACUCUUUGCUACGAAAUGCAACCUUGAGGGCACCAAGAGGGGACACAGACUUCAUCUGGACUACACUGGGUCAUGCAAAUUUAUACCUCCAUGUGUGGACACUGAGCUCAUCCAGUUCCCCCUACGAAUGAGGGACUGGCUGAAAAAUGUGCUGCUGCAGCUCUACGAACAUGACUCCAUGUCUCCUGGCUUCCUCACUCCCAAACAGCGUUUUAGAGUGAAGAAAAUCUUUGAGAGUGAGAGACGUCUUCAUGCUGGUGAUCACUCCGUUGAGCUGCUCGCGCAGGACUUUGAGAAGAACUACAACAUGUACAUCUACCCAGUGCACUGGCAGUUCGCUCAACUGGACCAACACCCCUCUGACAGAUUCUUGUCCCACUCAGAGCUGGCCCCACUUCGAGUCCCUCUGGUGCCAAUGGAGCACUGCACCUCCCGCUUCUUCCAAGAGUGUGACGCUGAUAAGGACAAGCAGGUGUCCUUUAAAGAAUGGACUUCCUGUUUUGGUAUCAAGAAUGAGGAUAUGGAUGUCAACCAGUUAUUCUGAGCUACAUUUUUAUCUUCAUCUACUACACAAGCUUGUUGAAGCAGCUCCAGCAGUGCAGCUUGACAGAAGCCUCCACGAACCUCUGUAAUAUAAGGAUCUCUGACACAUACAAACCCUAAUUUUACCUCCUGUUAUAGAGGGCAAAUGUUGGUGGUCGUUGCUGUUGUUUUGUGUCAGGCUAAGCUUGGACAUUUUGAUCUUUGUUCUGUAAUUUAGACUAAGCUGCUAGAAUAAUUUUAUUAGAAUUUAAGGUUAAGAAGUUAUUUUUUAGCUGAUUUUAUCCAGAAAUUGUUUUCUAAUGCAUUCCAAACCGGGGAGAAGUUUACAUCAGCCGAUUAGUAGAAAUGGUGUUGUAUAUAGUACCGGGCUUGAAAAGAUCUGUGGUUUGUAUGUUAGAGUGAUUUAGUGCUGAAUUUUUUUUUAAAUAGAUAAUUUCACACAAUGUGUUAUAGCAAUAGAAAAUGUAAAACAAUAACUUUUGUUAUCUUUGCAUAUGCUGUAAAUGUUUGUCUUUGCAUCCUAUGUUUCACUGUAGCGUUCAUUAAAGCUUUAUGGACAGCAACAGACUUCACAAACAUUACAUAGAAUAUUUCAGUGCACCCUGUUGUUAACGAUGACUUUUGUUUCUUUACAGUCCUGAAAUAAAGUUGUUGAAUCAUAUUGGUGGAUCCCAGUCGACCCCAAAAGGACUGUGGAAACAUCAGGUUAUACUCUAAUACCAUGUUUUAUUUGUUAGUAAAUUUUCCUGAUGUCACCAUGACAUGAAAAUAUGAGCCCUACAACAAUGGUUUUGAGAAUGCAAGUCACUGAUACCUGGUUUAGGUUUGCCACAUAAUCCCAAAUAAUGGCCCUCUCUAAGGUAACAAAGCAAAAAAUAGCCUGCAGCAUGGUCAUGAUGAUUAUAGUGACUUGUUGUUUUGAGAUAUAGCGCUGGACUAUAUAAGAAAAGCAAAGACGCAGCUCUUCACCUGUAGACUGUCUGCUGCGACUGAGAUAAAACAUGUUCUCCAUACUGUGGGUUAUCUUUCAAACCUUGGCUCUUGUUGUGGAGGGUGGUGUAUCUUCAGGGAGUGCUGAGGCACUUGCUAAUGGGGGAGUGAAUAAUAAUGGAGCAGCAGCUGGCAACAAUGUCAACCCUGGGGUUCAAAAUGGGGUCCCACUAAACGGUGAACCCCUUGUGGCACGCCUAUUCCAACUUGGUGGCUCAUUUUUUAUCCAGCCAGCUGGGAACCAGAUAGGUCAGGCUCCUCUGCAGCAGCUGAUUCCCAUUGGAGCUCUCCAACAAGGUGGGGCAUUUCUUGUGGGGCAGGCAGGUCGAGCCAAUGUAAACGCACAGGUUCAGGUGACUCAGGGAGCCAUGGGUGGGCCGCCCACACUGUUUGCUGUGCUGCCACAGAGAAAUGCUGGAGUAGACCCACAGGGUGCUCUGUUGACCCCUGGCCAAGUGCAUCUGAUCUCACUGCCCGGCCUGAACAACCAGCAACAGCCGGGCGCUGCUGGUGGGCAGGCAACUGGCAGAGUGAGGUUUCAGCGUUCAGUGGCGGCUCGCCUCAGGAGGACACAGAAGGUGAUGGCAGCUGAAGAGGAGGAAGAAUGCUCUGGGAUGGAGGAGAAGCAAGCAAAAUGAGACAACACAGCUGUCAAUCAUCAGAUAUCAUAUCAUGAUUAAUUCCUACACCCUGAUCCUGUCUCAUUACUAGCUGUUCAUGCUCAAAUGUUACCUAUAAAUCACUGUCAUCAUAACUAAUAACCAAUAAAAGAUUGAAGUCAGAA